AUGGUUGAGAACUUCAUUGAGACAGUGGGUAUGGCUUUUCAACCACAAUUUGGAUAUUUUAGAAGAGUGGUUUCAAAGGUUCAUGGAAUGAUAACUAUAAUUGAUGAUAUAUAUGAUGUUCACGGUAGUUUGGAAGAACUAAUACUUUUCACAGAAGUGGUCAACAGAUGGGAUAUAAAUGCCAUGGAUGAACUUCCAGACUGCAUGAAAAUUAGUUUCCUUGCACUUAAUAACUUUGUCAAUGAAGUGGCUUUUGAUUUCCCCAAAGAAAAUGGACGCAACAUCAUUCCACACAUUAAGAAAGUGUGGGCUGAUCUCUGUAAAUCAUAUCUGGUUGAGGCAAGAUGGUGCAAGCUUCCUUGA